AUGCACAGCGGUUCAAUUACUCAUGUUUGGGAGAUGACAUUCAGAGUGGAUUUCAUAGUUUCUUGUUUAAGAAAAUAUGAUGGAAAACAUGUAUUCCUAACCCUUGCUUUGAAUACAUUCACACACUUUGAAUUUUGAUAGGGAUAACUCAUAUACAAGAACUGACACACAAAUACUUAUUCCCAUGGUGGCCCUCAUGUCAUAUUAACUCUUUAAAUUGGGGUUAACCCCAUUAACCCUCCGCUUCUGGAACUGCAAGCUAACACUGCUCUCUGUCUGCUCCCUGUCUGCACAGGUAAGACUGCCUCUGUGGAACUGCAUGCCUGCCUGCUUGCCCCUCUGUCUCCCCCUUACUCUAGCCCAAUAGGUUUCUUUUAUAUCCUACUAUUAAAGAGAGGCACCAUCAAUACAAUUACUAUUAUCAUGGAAAAUUGCAUACAGAACAUACUCUUUGGAUGAUUGUAUUAUUUUCCUUCCAUCUGUUUUUCAUUUUGUUGCUUUACAAAACAUGCUUUGAUCAGUUGUCACUGAGUUCAAUGUGACUAUAGUUUUUUUCAUCCUGUUCCUAUUUUUAUCUGAUUGUAUAACUCUUGUUUAUCAUGUCUUGUUUUUAUUUAUUUUCAUUUCAUAUAAAUAAAUAAUUUCAAGUAGGUUAUGUUGUAAAUAUCAUACUCUAGCCCAGGGGUGUCAAACUCAUUUUGCCCCAGGGGUCGCAUUCAGUCUUCAACAAGGUCUGGAGGGCCGCACUGAAAAUGUGUUAUAUUUCCUCGGCGUCAACAUUUGCAGAAAAUAGUUCCAUAUCCAUCGUUUUUGGAAUUUUCUAUGCUUCCUGACUGUCAAGCUUUCAUUUUGGUGAUUUUAUUAGUGAGCUGGACACGGUCAAGUCACACGCCUUGACUUUUUCCAUAUUUUGUUGUCUUACAAAGUGGGAUUAAAAUGGAUUUGUAAUUUUUUGUCAACGAUCUAAACACAAUAAUCUGUCUUGUCAAAGUGGAAGAAUCUUUUGGUUGUUGAUCAUUGCUACACAGCCAUUUUCAAGGGUUGCCCUAGAUUUUCAAGCUGAUUUAAAUCAAAACUGUAACUAGGCCACUUAAGAACAAUUAAUGUCACCAUGGUAAGCAACUCCAGUGUAUAUUUGGCCUCGUGUUUUAGGUUAUUGUCUUGCUGAAAGGUGACUUUAUCUUCCCUAGGAUUUUGCCUGUGCUUAGCUCUAUUAUGUUUUUGUCCCCCCCCCCCCAAAAAAAAAAAAAACUCCCAAGUCCUUGCCGAUGACAAGCAUACCCAUAACAUGAUGCAGCCACCACCAUGCUUGAAAAUAUGAAGAGCGUUACUCAGUGAUGUGUUGGAUAUUCCCCAAACAUAACGCUUUGUAUUCAGGACAAAAACAUAUAUUUCUUUGCCACAUUUUUUGCAGUAUUACUUUAGUACCAAACAGGAUACAUGUUUUGGUAUAUUUUCUUCUGUACAGGCUUCCUUAUAUCAUUCUGUCAUUUAGGUUAGUAUUGUGAAGUAACUACAAUGUUGUUGAUCCAUCCUUAGUUUUCUCCUUUCACAACCAUUAAACUCUGUAACUGUUUUAAAAUCACCAUUCGCCUCAUGCUGAAAUCCCUGAGUAAUUUCCUUCCUCUCCGGCAACUGAGUUAGGAAGGACGCCUGUAUCUUUGUAGUGACUGGGUGUAUUGAUACACCACCAAAGUGUAAUUAAUAACUUCACCAUACUCCAAGGGAUAUUCAGUAUCUUCUUUAUUUUUACCCAUCUAUCAAAAGGUGCCCUUCUUUGCGAGGCAUUGGAAAACCUCCCUGGUCUUUGUUGUUGAAUCUGUGCUUGAAAUUCACUACUCGACUGAGGUACCUUACAGUUAACUGAAUGUGUGGGGUACAGAGAUGGAGUAGUCAUUCAAAGAUCAUAUUAACCACUAUUAUUCCACAACAUCUUUACUCCUGAACUUAUUUAGGCUUGCCAUAACAAAGGGGUUGAAUACUUAUUGGCUCAAGAUAUUUCAGCUUUUCAUUUUUAAUUAAUUUGUCAAAAUGUCUAAAAACAAAAUUCCACUGACAUUAUGGGAUAUUGUGUGUAGAUCAGUGACACAAAAUCAAAAUGUUAUCCAUUUUAAAUUCAGGCUGUAACACAAUAAAAUGUGGAAAAAGGAAAGUGGUGUGAAUACUUUCCAUUAUGAAAUUUACACUGUUUCGAUUUGGUUUUACACCUUUUUAAAGUAUAUUGAGUUCAUUCCCCGCCCAAUUGUAUCUUAUCUAUUAGAGCUUGCUAGUUCUCAGAAAAGGAUUACCCAACUCCCCUGUUCUCACACUACUUUUCCAAGCGGCAUGGGCAGCUUCAGAUUGCUCUCCUGUCUGAUUGUGUUUCAGACUUACCAUUCAGAAAUUGAAUUGAAACAUUUUCAUCUUCAGUGCCGACUACAGAAGUAACUAGUGUAUGUGGAUGGAAUGUCUGUCAUGUUUAGACUAUGAUUUUCCAUCACAUUCUGUGCACACCAUAACAAAACUAGUCAUUACAGUGUGCAAUAAACUUUCAUGUUAAUUGUCUUGACUAUCCUGGUUUAAAAGGCCUGUCAGUCUGACUGUUGUCCUCUGUACCCUACAGACCUGCAGAGGGAACCUAGCAGCUAUGAGACACUACCAGGUUCCUCCAGGACUGACCGCUCUGGACUGGCUGUUGAAGAGGAGCACAGACAGAGACUUCCCUUUGCCCACAGCAGCACCAUUCCCCCCUCACUGUAUCCAGAUGAGACAAACUCCCACCUGUUGUCUUCUAAUUCCUCUGACCAGCCAGUCAAGCCUGGCCAGCAGCAGUCCCAGUGCCUCUCACCUCAUACACAGCAGCACCCAGUCCCCUCCCCUGAUAUCUUCCUGCAGGCCCCUUUCAGGAUCGCAGGGAAAGAAGGGAGAGAUGUGUUUACUAACUCCCCUUUUCCUCUGGCCCACAAGCCUGCUCUGCCAUCCGAUCCUUUCCUCCAGGCACCCUUUGGGAAGAAGAAUGAAAUAGCUGGGGCUGCUGUCAUUGUCUCCCACCCUCCACAGCCCAACAAACAGCCCCCCUGCCAGGUCCAGGUCCAGCCAAACACCCACCAUCCCCAGAGCCUUUUACAUCCCAGUGUCCAGGGGAAGGCCCUGUUCACACCUGUUGCUGCCCCUCAGCCCCUCAUCCGGCAGGCCCAGCCCAGGUACUCCUGGUGCUCGGAGGUCCCCCUGCCCCAGCAGCCUGUCGCAGCCCACCGCGUGGUCUCCAGUGUGGGGCAGCAGGCUGCUGUGGGCUCGGUGGCUGUGGGCCCGCUGCACUCCUGGACCAUUGGAGGCAGAGCUAUAGUUGAUCCAUUCCUCAGGGCCCCCUUCCACCCCAGAUGCCAACAGGGAAAGCCUUGA